AUGGUGCUUUGUCUUCCCUGGAGGCACAGAUCUCGUGAAAUUCCCUUUAUGAGAAGUUACACUGCAGGCAUGAACCAAACCUCAGUCUCUGUGUCAGAGUUUAUCCUUCAUUGUACAGUUGACUCCAAGAGCAAAAGUUACACCAUUGCUAUCCUCACUGUGGUCUACUUGGUGACGCUGUUUGGGAACUGCCUGGUGCUUCGGGUCAUAGCAAUGAAUCCUCAGUUACAAAACUCCAUGUUUGCUGGCAUUGCAGCUUUAGCGAUAAUUGACGUGGUUGGCAGCACAAAUAUUAUUCCCAGACUAAUUUCCAUUCUUUCAGGCUGGGUGGCCAUUCCCUAUGGAGCUUGCUUGCUUCAGCUGCUCUUAUCAUUAUAUUUAGGGGGAGCAGAAUCCUUUCUCUUGGCUUUCAUGGCCUGUGACCGCUAUGUAGCGGUUCUUCACCCACUGCGCUAUUCAACACUGGUUACAAAAAGAGUCAUCUGGGCUGCUGCCUGUAAUGAAAACCCUAAAUACUUUGACAUUAUGACAGUCACUUCUUUUGUGUUUGGGAUUUGUCCAUUUGUAUUUGUUUUACUUUCCUAUGCAAGGAUUGCUUACGCUGCUCUGAAGAUCUCAUCUCUUGAAGGAAAAAAGAAGACUCUGAACACGGUGGCCACCCAUCUGCUGGUGGUGGCACUGUUCAAUGUUCCACUUUUAAUAGCUUAUAUGUUAACAGGAGCAGGAGUGAAGCUGUCCGUUGAAGCAAACAAUGCUAUGAUCAUUGUAGCAGUUACUGUGCCGCCGAUGUUCAACCCCAUAAUAUACAGCUUCAGAAACAAAGAGAUAAGAAGCAGCAUCCAGAAACUUUUUAAAAGGGCAUAA